AUGGAAGAUGUCUACGCAGCUUUGCUUUCAUGGUUCUUUGGGAGUGGACAAAUCGACGGGGACUCCCGUGGUUACAGCAUCCGGAAGGCGUGGGUGACCGGCCCGAACAAGGUUUUCAGAUCCGUUCUUCGAGCUGCUGUUGACAAAACGGUCGGCGAGUACAGCCACUUCUUCUACAUGGAGCUUGACUCCGUGCCGGUCCGGGCGGACUGGCUGCAGCAGUACGUGGCUGAGGCCCUCUAUUAUCCGGCAGCGGCCAUACGAGGCAGCCGCUACAGAGGCGACACGUGGGACGGCUUUCUCAAGGAUUUACCACUGGAGUUGCUAGUUCACAUCAAUGGCAAUGCCAUCUACAACGUGGAGCAUCCCUGGACCUUGCAGUUGUUGACCCACCUGGAGGACCCGUCCUUCGAAAUUGACAGCAUUGCCUUCGACAUCAAGAUGGCCAACCUCAGCUUUGAAGAGUUUGGCAAUUCACUGGUUACAUGGACGUUUAAUGGUCUGUACUUCUGUUUCGAAUCCGCCGAGUACAUUCGCCAUGGCUCCACGGGGAACAUAUUCGACAACAUCAAUGACUCAGAAGUCACUCUUGGUGUCAUGGCUUUGGCCCCCGAGUUCAGUGCUUUCCUCGACUCGCUCAGGUACUCUCAUCCCUUCCGGAAAGUACUCAUCAUGGGUGCGGACAUUCUCGAUGAGACGAGCUACAGCAUCAACACGCUGCAAGGCACAACGCAAAUCGAGAUCCUGACGAUCUCCGGGGAUCCGGUGGAGCUGUACUGCGAACUGGCUUCGCGGGUCACCACCAGGUACCUCGUGCUGACAAACACCGACAACAUCGUGUCAAGUCCAACCAGCAUCCUGGUGAAUGUCGCAGGCCACCCGGUGCUGCCCUACGUCAACGCAGACUCCUGGUAUUGCGGCCAAUUCCCUAGCUGCCUCUCCGAGCUUUCAGAGGCAGAAGCCUUCUAUGGCAUCCAGCUGUUGCAUCACCACGACACCUUCGAGACCGUGUACUACACGAGCCUCUUUCAGCAACACUGCGCAGCACGAGAAACCGUGCUAAGCCAGCUGGGCAGCUACGAGAAUUGUGAUUUCGUGCAUGGCCCAACUGCUGAUGGGUACAUGGCCUGGCUGUUGUCGCAGAAUGGCGAUCUGAGCUUCGACUAUGUCCCCAAGAGCAAGACGAGAGUUGGCUCGCGAAGUUGGGGGGUACUCUCCAAAGCGCAUCCAGUCGACCUCCGCGAAUGCUCGGUUUACACACCGGAAGACUACAUUGUUUUGGACGGCAACAUCUCCAGCUGCGCCCAGAUCCUGGAGGAUCCCGGUGCUUGCGAUGCGGCAGCAAACUGCACGUGGCGACCGGUCUUCGGCAGCGGCAAAUGCAUCGACACGCCUGCGAACCCCGAGGUGACGCAGAUGUUCGUCCUUCCGCAGUUUGUCUCCUCCACAACCACUACGUCCACAACAACAACGGCCACAACCACGACGGUCACCACGACAGGGACCACGACGACGCAGACUUUCACGAUUCUCCCUGGUCAGUGUCCGCUUCCCAUUGCAGAGCCAUCGGUGGAUGUGAUGGACUGCCUGGGAAAGACUGUUGGCGAGACGUGUCAGGUGAUGUGCUCGGAGGACUUCGAGGGUCCGGUGGCGACGUUCACCUGUGGAGAGGACGAAUCCUUCACAGGAGACUUGCCGUCCUGCAGUACGACGACCAUGACGAGCACUGCCACUUCCACUAUCACCGAACUGGUGUACUGUUCAGGUGGCUUGCCUUCUGGCCGUGGCAUCGUGGUGUCCGGUUGUUCCGGUCUGGCGAGCGGACAGACUUGCAACGUCACCUGCGACGCACGAUUCCAAGGAGUUCCUGUCGAGUACACGUGCAACCCCAUGACCGGACUCUUCGAAGGGCCAGGGCUGUCGUGCCUGCUGCCCACCUGCCCGUUGAGCGCUCUGCCGAUGGCCUCUACGGAUGUAGACGCCAGCAGUUGCGAGAACGCGGAAGUCGGCAGCCUCUGCUUCAUGCGAUGCCGUGUGGGAUUCGUCUUCGCGGAGUCUGUGCUCACCUGCCAGGAGGAUCUUUCGUUCUCCGGAACGCCGCCAACCUGCGAACGGUUAGCUUGCGGCACGUCCGGUCUUCCGGAGGAUGUGAGCUUCAACGUUAGCAGUUGCAUCGGCACUCUGUCGGGUGAGUCCUGUGAGGUCGCGUGCAAGCGCGGCUACGAAGGGAGCAGCUCCACCUUUCAGUGCGGUGUCGAUGGCGUCUUCCAGGGCACAGCCGGAAGCUGUGUGCGGAAGGCCUGCCCGCUGCCUGCAUCGAGUCCUUCCUUCCAGACUGACUGUGCGGGUGCACGCCAUGGAGAUCUCUGCUUUGGCAGAUGCUCCCCGGGAUACACGGGGUUCCCAAAGCAACUGGCGUGCGAAGACGGCGUGCUCUUAGGCGAUCUCCCUAACUGCAGCGCCCGGAUCUGCUCCUUAGAAGGCAUCGUCAUCGGGGUGGGCGUCACUGCAGAGGCCUGUGUGGGCAUCACCACCUCCAGCAGCUGCGAGUUGGGCUGCACUCGGGGCUUCGAGGGCAGCGGCAACGGGACGCUGAAUUGCCAAAUCGAUGGCAGCUUCAGCGCCACCGGGGCCUUUGAGUGCCGGCCAAAGCAAUGCUUCCCACUCUCCUCGAUCUCUCCUUUCUCGGAGCCCCACUUUGCUGACUCCUGCGGCAACAAGGAGUUCGGAGACAUCUGCACGGCGUUCUGCGAGCCAGGCUGGGAGAUCGAAGGCAAUGCAACCGUGAUGCUUUGCGACGACACCCCGCUCAGCAGCGCCGGAUUCGCAGAGUACCUGGGGAGAGCCCCUGCGGAAAACUCCAGCGGACCAGUCUGCACCGCAAAACCAUGCACCAUCGGACUGCCCAGCGUCCGUGGCACCUCUAACGACUGCAGUGGCAAGGCCACACUGGAGAACUGCACAGUUACGGCACUCCCGGGAUUCUCCAUGACUGACAGCGUGCUAAUCUGCUUGACAGAUCACAGCUUCAACGGCACUAUCUCCGAAGUCGUGGAGGCUUCCUGCCCGGACCUUUCUCCAACCACCGGAUAUGCGAGCAGCUGUCAGGACAGGAAAUUGGGAGACGAGUGCUGGGUCUACUGCGAGCCUGGCUACACGGGCACCCCAGCUCCUUAUAUCUGCGAUGCCAAUACACUCACUUUCGUGCGCCAGGACAGCGUUGUCACCUGCACUGCCUCUUCUGUUCGGCGUCUGUUUGGCGUGGGAGGCUGCCAGGAAGCUGCAACAGCCGCCUUUGGCCUGGCGGAUCCCCAGUUUGCUCACGACUGCACGAGCGGCUCCGGGGUGGCUGAUGGCGGCAUCUGCAUUGCUCACUGCAGCCGAGGCUAUGGACUGGUCGGCGUUGCCUCUGUCCUGACCUGCAACUCGGGAAGCUUGUCUGGCGCGUUGCCUGUGUGCAGUCCGCUUCCCUGCACGUACAACUUGCCUGAUGCCGUGGGGCUGGAGCACAACUGCAGCAAUAUCACGACUGGAAGUUCCUGCAGUGCCGGGUGUACCCAAGAGGGCUUCAUGUAUGCUUCUGGCGGCGCCGAGCAGUAUCUAUGCGCAAGCACUGGAGAGUUUCAAGGAACGCUGCCGUCCUGCCAGCGUAUCUCCUGCACUGACCUGAUCCUGGGCCCCAAAUUCGCGCACAACUGCGAGGGCAUGGUCUUUCAGGACACCUGUGGAGUGAGCUGCGCGAAGGGAUGGACUUUGGUGGGAUGGGGAUCACAGUAUGAGUGCCAGUCGGAUGGAAACAUUACCGGCGUCCUCCCCGAUUGCGUUGGGAAUCCCUGUGAGAAUAGCAUCCCUGCAGACCAGGCAUUCUCGGGCGAGGAGUGCGAUGGGAUGACGACCGGCCUGGCGUGCAACGUUACCUGCAAGCCUGGCAGCGUGCCGAACUUUGCAAUCAUGACUUGCAGCUGGGCUCAUUGUUGUGACGAAAGCGGCCAACUAGUUGGAACGCUGCCGCUCUGCAAGCCGGCGAAGUGCCCGGUGAGCAGCCAACUGCAGGAGCCUUCCGUCGCCCACGAUUGCGACGACGUUGCCUUCGGCCGCAGCUGCAGUGUCUACUGCGCACCGGGGCAACUCGGCUCGUACGAGUUGACCAGUGGAGAAGCGGGAGAGGCCUCACUUGAAGCUGUGGCACGCCGGCUUUGGUAG